CCGCCCCUCCAGCCCCCCACCCACCUACCCGCCCGUGGCCAGCGCCCAUGGCCGCGCGCACCCGGCGCAGCCCCCCGGACUCCGCGCCCCGCGCCGCCGCCCAGUUCGCAGAUCAGCGCCACCGCGACCAGUCUCACCUGGCGGCGCCGCCCGCCCGCCACCCCGGCCACAGCCCCAGCUCCCACGGCGACAGCCGCGGCGACGGCGACAGCGGUGGCGGACGCUGCUGACUUGGGGAAGAGAGCGCAGCCCCGGCUCCACCGGACCUACCCACUCGCCUUGCUGGUUUUUACGAGUUUACAACUUUUCUAAAGAACUUUUGUGUACAGAGGAACUUUUUAUUUUUCCUAUUUUCUUAAAAAAGUAAAAUAAAAGGGAGGGUCAUCUUCCAUUUAUAUUUAUCCCAAAGAAGAAGAAGAAGGAGAAGAAGAAGAAGAAAAAGAAUCAUCUCGGGCUUUGGGGGUUUUAGGGUUUUUUGGUUUCAGCUUCACUUUUAGUCUUUUUUUUUUUUUUAAUUCCCUCCCUCUCUUCAUCGACUUCGGGGUUCGGCUUCCCCCCUCCUGCUAAAGAACUGCCGAGGACCGUCUGGGCCCCCAGAUUAAUGAGGCAGCCACCUGGCGAGUCUGACAUGGCUGUCAGCGACGCGCUGCUCCCGUCCUUCUCCACGUUCGCGUCCGGCCCGGCGGGCAGGGAGAAGACGCUGCGUCCAGCAGGUGCUCCGAACAACCGUUGGCGGGAGGAGCUCUCGCACAUGAAGCGGCUCCCCGCGGUGCUUCCCGGUCGUGCCUACGACCUGGCGGCGACCACCGUGGUCAGCGCGGACCUGGAGAGCGGCGCCGUGGGCGCGGCUUGCGGCGGCGGCGGCGGCGGCGGCAGCAACCCGGCGCUCCUGCCCCGGAGGGAGACGGAGGAGUUCAACGAUCUCCUGGACCUGGACUUUAUCCUCUCCAACUCGCUGUCCCAUCAGGAGUCCGUGGCCGCCACCGUGUCCUCGUCGGCAUCCGCCUCCUCGUCGUCGUCCCCCUCGAGCAGCGGCCCGGCCAGCGCGCCGUCCACCUGCAGCUUCAGCUACCCGAUCCGGGCCGGGGGUGACCCGUCGGGCGUGGCCCCGGGCAGCACUGGCGGCGGCGGCGGCGGCGGCGGCGGCGGUGGUGGCGGUGGCAGCGCCGGCGGCGGCGGCGGCGGCCUCCUCUACGGCCGGGAGUCCGCACCUCCUCCCACCGCGCCCUUCAACCUGGCCGACAUCAACGACGUGAGCCCGUCGGGCGGCUUCGUGGCCGAGCUGCUGCGGCCCGAGUUGGACCCCGUGUACAUCCCGCCGCAGCAGCAGCAGCCGCCGCCGCCAGGUGGCGGGCUCAUGGGCAAGUUCGUGCUCAAGUCGUCGCUGAGCGCCCCCGGCAGCGAGUACGGCAGCCCGUCGGUCAUCAGUGUUAGCAAAGUCAGCCCCGACGGCGGCCACCCGGUGGUGGUGGCGCCCUACAGCGGCGGGCCGCCGCGCAUGUGCCCCAAGAUCAAGCAGGAGGCCGUGUCCUCGUGCACGGUCGGCCGCACCUUAGAGGCCCACUUGGGCGCCGGACCCACGCUGAGCAACGGCCACCGGCCGCCGGCACACGACUUCCCCCUGGGGCGCCAGCUCCCCAGCAGGACUACCCCGACCCUGGGUGCCGAGGAACUGCUGAGCAGCAGGGACUGUCACCCGGCCCUGUCGCUCCCCCCUGGCUUCCACCCCCACCCCGGGCCCAACUACCCGCCCUUCCUGACCGACCAGAUGCAGACCCAGGUGCCGGCGCUCCAUUACCAAGGUCAGUGUCUGUCCCGGGCUGGGUCCCUUAGAGCGGGCUCGGGCGCCCUGCGUGGGCUGCUCGGCCUCCUCCUCCCCCUCCCCCUCCCCCCUCCCCCCUCCUCCUCCUCCGCGGGGCUUCAGGACAUGGUGAUGCUGACCCCCCUUUCCCCCACUUCCACCUUGUCCACCCUAGAGCUCAUGCCACCCGGUUCCUGCCUGACGGAGGAGCCCAAGCCAAAGAGGGGGAGAAGGUCGUGGCCCCGGAAAAGGACUGCCACUCACACUUGUGAUUACGCGGGCUGCGGCAAAACCUACACCAAGAGUUCUCAUCUCAAGGCACACCUGCGGACCCACACAGGUGAGAAGCCUUACCACUGUGACUGGGACGGCUGUGGGUGGAAGUUUGCCCGCUCCGAUGAACUGACCAGACAUUACCGCAAGCACACCGGGCACCGGCCCUUCCAGUGCCAGAAGUGUGACCGGGCAUUCUCCAGGUCGGACCACCUUGCCUUACACAUGAAGAGGCACUUUUAAUUCCCAAACAGUGGAUAGGACCCACACUGCCAGAAGAGAAUUCAGUAUUUUUUAAAAAACUUUCACACUGUCUUCCUGAAGAGGGGGAGGUACGCCCAGCUGGAGAGAGCACUACAAUCAUGGUCAAGUUCCCGACGACGACGAGUCCAUUCGUGAACGGAUAAUCAGGAGACGUGAAGAAACCAAAAGACAAAAUCAAAGAACAGACGGGUCUGUGGCUGGAUCUUCUAUCAUUCCAAUUUUUAAAAUCCAACUUGAAUAUUCCUGGACUUACAAAAAACGCCAAGGGGGGGUGACUGGAAGUUGUGGAUAUCAGGGUAUAAAUCAGAUCUGUGCGUUUGGGGGGAGGGAAAACCAGAGUUCCCUUGAAUUGUUUUCUGAUGCAAUAUAAGUAUAAAAGAUCAACUUGUAUUCUCUUUUGCCUUCGAAAAGCCAUUAUAAUAUUAGAAGAAGAAGAAGAAAUUCAGGUACAGAAAAAUGUGUUUUAAUAGUCCAAACGAUGGUGCUUGGUGAGUCUUGGUUCUAAAGGUACCAAACAAGGAAGCCAAAGUUCUCAAACUGCUGCAUACUUUGACAAGGAAAAUCUAUUUUUGUCUUCCGAUCUACAUGUAUGACCUAAGUCAGGUAAAUACGCCUGGUUUAUUUCUUUACCAAUUUUAUGCAGACAGUCUGUUAUGCACUGUGGUUUCAAAUGUGCAAUAAUUUGUACAAUGGUUUAUUCCCCAAGUAUGCCUUAAGCAGAACAAAUGUUUUUUUUUCUAUAUAGUUCCUUGCCUUAAUAAAUAUGUAAUAUAAAUUUAAGCAAACUUCUAUUUUGUAUAUUUGUAAACUACAAAGUAAAAAUGAACAUUUUGUGGAGUUUGUAUUUUGCAUACUCAAGGUGAGAAUUAAGUUUUAAAUAAACCUAUAAUAUUCUAUCUGAA